AUUUAAAUUAAAUGGAAAGCUCCUUCUGCUUCUUCUUCUUCCCCCUCCUCCUCCCCCUCCUCCUCCUCCUCCUCCUCCUCCGUGACACACAUGCCCACAGCCUGGGGGCAGUAUAGUUAAGGAGGUAUGUAAAGUUUGUCUUUUUUAGGACCUUCAACAGGCAAAGCAGGGGAAGAAAGACGCUUCGUUUCUGCUUCUCUUUCUCACACACACAUGCCGUUUUAAUGGAAUUAUGGAAGCAGCAGCAGCAGCAGGGAUGGUGGCUUGCUGAAACACAGCAGAGGAAAGGUAUUAGCAGCUCGUAAAAAAAAAAAAAAAAAAAAUCACCGCAUACUUCAACGGCAGCUGCUCCCACCGCAGAGGCAGAGUGACACCGAUAACAAAUGAGAGGGAAAGGUGAUAAGGAGACCGUGGGAGGAUAAUCCGAUCGCGUUACUGUCUUUUCUUGAGAAGGCCAGAGCAGGGGACGGAAAUUCAGCCUCCGCAAAUUUAAAAUAUGCAAAAAAGAAGAUGGUAUGACAGAAAGUAAGCCAAUGCCAAGGCUGGAGACGGUGCCUAGCCUGCAAUUUCUGGGAGUAUAAUCAGCUGUAACGCAUGAAACAUCUUAGAUCCUUCACUCCGCCCACAAGAUAGAAGCUUUCCAUUCUUGUAUUUUUUUCCCCAUUCACUCCACCAGGACGUCUACAAGCAGGACGCACUUUCACUCUGUUUGGACAAGAACUUAAUACCAAGAGCUCCUACUUUUCUUUUCGGGAACGGGAUUUGAAAUAAGCCCCUUAAACUUUUUUUUCCUUUUCUUUUUUUUUUCUCCUCUCUCUCUCUCUUUGAUGCGUUUCUAAGUAGCCGCGGAUCAGACAGCCUGACAGAAAAGUUGUGACAGAUUUAGAAAGCGGGAAAAGAAAAAGGAAAAAAAAAGAGUGGAGAGAGAGAAGGGAACGGGAGAGAGGGAGAGAGAGAUUUGCCCUGAAGGUUUCUAAAGGAAGAAACAGGAGACAGAUAAAGACGGAGCAAUAAUCUGAGUCCGAGAGCGAGAGUGAAGAGCACAGCUGUUGUGUGAAGAGGAAGGGAAAAAAAAAAAAUAGAGAUAAAGAACGCGGGGAAGGGCACAAGUGUGAAGGGCGAGGAGAAGAGGUUGACGAGGACAACCGAGGCUGGAGGGAAAACAGGAGAUAAAUGGGGAAAAUCAGCGAGAGGCUGAGGAUUAAUUCGCGCUGAAGGCCAAGACGAAUAAGAAGAGAAGACAAAACUCAAACGGGGACUUAAAAACACAUCACUAUCAGAGCAGCAGCAGGAAUGGAGGCGCAGAAAGACGAGAGGAGAGACGUCCUCUGACGAGAAAAGAAAAAGUGUACGACCCGAGCGUGGGGAGAGGAUUUCCUCAUCAUGAUUUAUUCAGCUCAUUUCCCAGAUUCCAACAACCUGCGCAGGAAGAGCAACUUCGUCCCAGGAUAGAAUGAAGAGAGCAGCAAAGAGAUACCUGCCAGAUCUGUGAUAUCUCCUUUUUCCUCCCACGCUCCUCCACCUUCCUCUCCUCCUUCCCGUCUUUGCAUGAAGCUUUGAAUUUCGCCAGCCUCCUUCAUCCUGAUAUCUCCUCUCCUCCUCCUCCUCCCCUCCAUCUCCUCACUAUGUGGAUACCAGCUGUGCUGCUAUGGAUUCUUAAUAUCAGCAAUUUGUGCUCAGGACAAGACUUAACGGACUAUUACCGAACUGGAGACAUGGGCACAGAGGUAAAUCUUUUAAUUUGACUGUUUUACAUUUAUAAAAAAGGGCCUAUCGAAAAGCUGCCCUCACAUCUUUUUGUCAGUACAGGUGAAAGAUUAAAGAAAUAACUGAAGAAACAUUAUUUCCUUACUCCUGUCUGCUCAACCCAAAUAACAAGUGCUAUUUUUCAACAGAAAUACUCAUUAAGUUCAAGAUCUCUUCAACACCAUCCAAGCUUUUAAAGAUAACCUCUUCUAUGAUGAAGUGCUUUGGCUGUUCACUUCAGUCCUAGCUAGACAGUCUGGCUUCAUUCAUGAUAAGAUAUCAACAUAAUAUGCAGUAGACCAAACACUGAGUGAGCUGUUUUCUAUUUUCUAUUUAUGGGGAACAAUCUUAUUUAAUGAAUAACAAUGAACAAAAACCUGGAAGCAAAGUUCAGUCCAACUGGUGGCAUAUGUGCGGGUGUCAUCAGCAUAGAAAUUGAUAUUAAAAUGCUCUUCAGCCUCCUCUAUGACUUCUUCUCGUCCUUCUUCUCCAUAUUUUAUUUUACAGUAAAAGUGGAUGUUAAAACAUUCAGAUGAACCAUGAAUACCAUUUAUGUCUAAAUGUCAGUGGACCCAGACUUGAACCUGGUGGGACACCUGCAGCCAUAAACAGCUUAUGACCCAAUACAAGGCACCAAAACUUACGAAAGCGUGUAUGUUAAAUAGCACAGUCAUCAGAAACUGACCAUGCAUUACACAAGGAUGGCAUUUCUUUUACAUAACAACCCACAUGUUCCGUGUUUUAAGGUGACGCUUGUUUCCGUGUCACCGUUUAGUCAUCAUGAUUCUGUGAAAAAGAUGCCAGUUGGCAUGGUUUCAUACAUCUUAACAGAUAUGUUGGUUAUGAGCCAACAAGGAAAUGACUGGUAUUUAAUGUACAGCUCCUUUGAAAUUUGGACAUGCUUCUCUAGAAGACAUGUCUGUGAGGAACUUUUUAGAUCACUGACUAUUGGUGAUUCAUUGAUUUAGAAACCUCAGCUUAUAAGUUUCCCCCGUCGUUAUGUGAAAAGGUCCGAAGCUCCUGGAAAUGAAUGAAUGACUGGAUUUCAGUUCCAUAUUUUGUGUUUGCUUCAGACAUGCUAUGUUUAUAAUAGAAAACAGGCAAAUGCAUGGGUGUGUGUCUAUGUGCCAGCAGUAUUUGAUGUCGGGCACACCCCAGAGCACUGAGUUAAUGGUCACUGGUCCCUUAGCAGUGACCUCAUAUCAUAUGAUCACAUAACAACAUGAAAACAAGAAAGAAAGAGGCAUUUCUUGGAAGACCUUUAAAGAAAUUGAGGAAUGCAUACUGAUAAAACAUCAGUGAGUCAUACAGCAGUGUAAUACUUGUUAUUCGUCCAUAAAAUUUCUCAGCAAACCAAGCCAAAGACAAUUUUGGACUUCAAGUGCAUGUCAUUUUUGAUAAUAGUUGUUUUUUUUUCCCAAUGAUGUAUGUCCAAUAUGGCUGCCACUUGAAAACCACUCACUACCAAAAUAAAAGUCACACCAGCAUAACUGUGGCACAACCUGGACUGAAGUAUCUCUUCCUUCUUCCCUCCCCAAAGGAUAAAUCUUCAGCAAAUUUGCUCUGGUCUACGCCAUCAUUAGCUUAUUAAUAGAUAAACUGUAAAUGUUAUAGUGAAUUAAAGAGUUUGGAUGGCAGUUUAUAAACAGCUACAUGAUGCAAACCAGAAGGUGAGGUAAAUAAUGACAGAAAAGUAUGUUGAUGCAGACGAGAUGGAUGGAAAGGAACAAAAAAAGGGAAAGGGGGGAGGCAGACAGAAAGAGAUAAACGAGAAGAGUGAUGAACUACGUGGAGAUCUGGUUUCUGUUAAGUUCAUGCCAGCUGUGCCAGUCUGAUCCGUCUCAGCCUGGGAAACUAAACAACCACCCUCACUCCCUGGAGCGAGAAUUAAUAUGCGACACUCCAACAACAAUAACAACUCCCAGCUGACAUUUAGUAACCCACAGACGAUGCGCCAGCCUCCAUUCGCCAGCCUGUUACACAAUUAACCUCUUAUCUGUCAACUAGUGCAUCACUAUGGAGUAGAACAGUCAUCUAUCAUGACGGCAAAAAAAAAAAAAAAAUCGUUAUUGAGGUGACUCACUGCAGUAAUGGUUUAUAGAACGAUAUCUACUAUAAACUGAGAUUUCCUGUAUGAUCCGGGUUCACCACAUAAUAUUGUGAGCGAGUUGACAGCCUGUUUGGGCCAUAUAAGCAAGACAAAUGCAGCAUUAAAGGGCUCCUCAGGAGCCACACAGGAGGCUGGAAUUGUGUACUUUAUCUUGUAUAACUGGGUCAGGGUCACUACAGGACCAGAAAUGCAGAUAGUCUCAUGUUUUCUGUGGCGUUUUUGCAGAGUCUAGCUCGUGUGACAGGUAGCAAAAAAAAAAAAAAGAGCAACACUGAGGCGUAAAGAAAAGUUUGCCAAUUCCAACAAUGAGCAGGUGAAGAGAGGACACGCGCACUUUUAACAACCAACAGUAGCCAACAUGUUGCAACACAUUGGUGGCUGAGGCAUUCCCUGUUUAUCCAGCGCGAACCAGUGAAGCAGACACUGCUCCGGCGCAGUCAGAUGACCAGCCCAGCUUGGAGACCGUAACGAGUGUAGAUGAGCUGCUGCAGCUUCUAUACCCUGAAUACAAUUUGAUUCAGCACUGCAUGAGGAGGAGGUCGUGGCACGCGUCAGCUUCCUCCUCCUCCUCCUCCUCUUCUUCUUCUUACCCCGCUUCCUCGUCGUUUUCCUCUUCCUCGGCCGUCCCUUUAGUCGACUCUGACAAGGACGACUUCUGGGAUUACACAAGGCGGGCGCCUAUUUUUAAGGUCGACUCGGCUUUGGAAGUCAUCCUAGAGGAGAUCCAGAGGACCUCGUGCCAGCCCAGAGAGGUCUGCAUCGAGGUCGCCAAAGAAUACCCAGAAUCCACUAGUAAAUUCUACCUCCCUCGCUGCGUGGCGCUGCACCGCUGUGGCGGGUGCUGCACCAACGAGGCCUUUUACUGCACGAACACAAGCCACGCGCUUGUCAACAAGACCCUCAUGGAGCUGUCCCCGCCCAGGAUGGACCGCUCCGUCGUCAUGGUGACCUUCGUCAACCACACUUCGUGCGAGUGCCUCUCCAAGCGGCCGCUGCACUCCAUCAUAAGACGAGCAGCGACAGAUCACCUGUGCUCCCCGCCUGAACUUCCCUGCGCUUCGGGCUCGUUGUGGGAUCCGGUGAACUGCGUGUGCGUCUCGGCGGACACGAUAAACUACUCGGAGAGAGAGGCGGAGGCGCUGGACUCGGGCCUGCUGGCUCUUUGUGGGCCCAACAGGGUUCUGGAAGAGUCCACUUGCGAGUGCAUCUGUCAAAACGGACUCACCGAAGCCAGCUGUGAACCGGGCUGGAAACUGGACCACAACACCUGUGAGUGCCAGUGCGAGGGUCAGGCCGAGGGGAAGCUGUGUCCCGCCGGCCAGCGGUGGGACGAGGAGCUGUGCGGCUGCGUGUGCGCCGCCGACUGUCCCGGGAACCAGCCCCUGAAUCCGGACACCUGCCUGUGUCAGUGCAGGGAGAGUCCUCAGUCGUGCCUGCGGCAGGGAAAGAGGUUCAACUCCAGCACCUGCAGCUGUUACAGGUUGCCUUGCAGAAAGCCCAGACGCCAGUGCCAGCCGGAGUUUUAUUACAGCCACCAAGUGUGCCAGUGCAUCCCCAAAUACAUGAGGCCUCAGUGGAACUGAAAGCCGGGACGGGAGCAGGACUGCAGGUGCCGCCGCUGACCCCCUCAGACUGAAAGGCGCGAGGCCGUCCGGCUUCGCGUGAGGGCAGGAAGCGGGGACGUUCGCGUUCACCGACGAGGCGACGUUUUUUUUUUAUUUUUAUUGUGAAAAGAAGAAGACACGAGCAGAAACCUCUGACUCUGCGGGACUUCGUCUGAAAACACACCGUGCCUUCUUCCAACUGUUAACACAAUACCGGACUGGGAACACCCAAUCGCAUCUGGAGGGAGCCCGAGCAGCGUGACAACGGAGGCAGGACGGACCAAUCAGACUCCGAGCCAGCGUCUCAACCUGGCCGCAACAUGUUCGAGCAAGAAAUCCAACCUGCUGUGAAAUGGAAAAUGGAAUAAGAUAAUGACAGAGUAGGACUCUCGCUUCUUUCAUUUAAGCCCAAAUAAAUGAAUAAACUUCACGCUCCGGCAGCCUCGUGAGACAUCCGAGAGGCCGGAAGAAUCGUUCCGCAGGAAUCGUGUGAUGUGACGAUAUUGCCACUUUUAGUUGAGAGUAAUCGGUAGUUUUGACAGACUGAGGAAUAAAGUGUAUUUCGAGGUUGUUGUUUUUUUUUUAUUUGUAUUUAGUCUUACAAUAAAACUUUUUUUUUUUAUGUUUUAUUUUAAACGUAUAUGUCUGAUGUACUCCGUAGCAGAAAGCCAGGCCCUAAACGCUCCCGACAGUUAUUAUAUCCUCCAGUUUCUACUUGUCUCUGCCGCAGUGCUGCUCUUUGAAGAUUCCCCUCAUUACGUGGCUGAAUCCAGUCACUCACAUUAUCACUUGGGGUGAAAUUCUGGGUCUACUAAUUUAACUCGCUCUGUAAGUAAUACUGUUUGUGUAUAUUUAAUAAUUAUUUUAUUUUAUUUUGCAGACGGAACCGUGUGUAGUUGUAAGAUACUGUAUUUAAGUCACUAUCCUAACUAAAUAUUGCUCAUGGAACAGAACUAUUUACAUGUCUUUGUACUCCAGCAGUUUUAAUUAUUAUGGACGUUUUCAUUUAAGUGAUUGCCUGCAGAGCGAAUUAUGUUAACUUGACAGGUUGUUUUCUUUAAGACGUGAUGGUCUCAUAAACCCCACUAAUUGUUAUGAUGAAGAUGUAUGCGGUGUAGAUAGUGUUUGUUCUGUGCGGAUGUAGAAAAAUUGAAAUUCUCUUAUCAUGAUUAAAUAUUUAAAAGUA